UUCGAUAUUUCCUCUUUUCGAAAAAAUUUAAGUCGGCCGUAAUGAAAGACGUAAUAGAUGUAAUGGAGCUGCAGCGAGAAAAGUCUCGAAGAGUAGUACCACUAGAUUACAAACAACUGGAUUUUAAUAACGGAUUCACAGCAGCAAGAUUUAUUUUUGAAUGUGGAAUUAAACUAAAUGGACAACCUCUUACUCUAGCCACAGCUUGUAUGAUUAUGCAUCGAUUUUUUAAAGAACUUGACCAUUCAUGUUAUGACACAUUUCUUAUUGCAGCCUCAUCAUUAUAUCUUGCUGGCAAAGUUAAGGAUGACCCUUUAAAAAUCAGGGACAUAAUCAAUGUAGCUCAUAACACUCUGCAUCGCGGAAGUAGCCCUCUCGAGAUUGGAGACGAGUAUUGGAAUAUGCGGGACGCAAUUGUCCAAGCCGAAUUGUUAAUUAUGAGAGUGUUAAAAUUUGAGGUUGGCACUACACAUCCACAUAAGUAUAUGUUGCACUAUCUUAAAAGCAUGGAAGGAUGGUUAGGCAAACAAACAUGGGAGACAGUCCCUGUUGCAAAACUAGCACAAGCAUUUCUCCAAGAUUUUCACCAUGAUCCAGCUAUUUUGGAUUAUCCAGCACAACAUAUAGCAGUGGCAUGUAUUUCCCUGUCACUGCAGUGUUAUGGAAUUCAAUUACCCCUUAUGGAAGAGUCUGAUGACGAAGCCUGGUAUCAGGUUUUUGUUAAGGACUUGCCGAAAGAUAAACACUGGGAAAUAUUGGAAAAAAUUAUGGAAGCAUACAGUAAAGAAGAUAAAUGAAAUAGAAACCAUUUAAACU